CACUCCGUACAACAGUGAUCAGAACUUCUUUCAUAAGCUUCAGUGCCAGAGCUCUGUACACCUCCCCGCCUCCUGUUUUUAGUUUCAAAUUCCUGGGUAAAUUCCCACUUUCACUUCCCUCUGAAAACCCAAAAAUUCCAGAAAAAGUUUGGUAAUCACAAGUUCCAUUGACUAGAAUCAGAAAGGAAGACCAAAGAUGGAUGGCUCUCCUCAUCAAGAAGCUCCACUACCACAUUCUAUUGAGAAAACCAUUCAGAAAAUCUGCAAAGAUCAGUCCCAGCCUCCCAUCAGCUCCUACGCCCGGAAACUGCUUGCUGAUAUUGGUGAGAAGGCUGCCUCGGACCUGCUCGCCAGGAUUUCAAAUCAGCGGAUUACCAAAUCUUUCUCUGGUUACAUUAUCACACUGGUGAAAAAAUACCACCCUGCUGUUGUUCCCAGCUCGCCUAGUAAAAGGUCGCUGUCACCUUCCUCUAGCUCUCCCCGCAACACUUCUCUGAAAAAGAGCCCUCUACAAAUCGGUCGCUUGCUAUCAUUUGAAGAUGACGUUCAAGAAACGAGAGGGCCUAUAUUUGAACACCAGACAUCAACUGCUGUUGAACUUAAAAAUAGUGAACUUAGAGGGAUGACAAAAUCUAAUACAAUCAGCCAGCAAUUAAGAAUUCUGAGCAAACUUGAAUACAGGAAACUAUUCUUGGUACUAAGCUACACUGGCAGGCACAAGUUGGAAAAUGUUAUGACUGUAGAUGGUGCCAAUGACAUAUUUCAAAAGAAGGAUUUGCCAAUGUCUAUUUUUGAAACUGCAAUUUGGAACACCUAUGGAAACAAAUAUUGCAACAAGUCGGAUCGUAGUGAGUAUUUAGAUUGGGAUUUUGGGAAAACCCACCUUUACUACUGUUAUGUUCAUGAAGAUGGAAGUUAUCACUUCAAGGGCCCAUGUCUGAGUAGUACGAGAACACACUUACAAAGGUCGUUAGGUGAUGAUAACAUCCUGAUUGUGAAGUUCUUAGAGGACGACAUGUAUGGCGUGAAUAUUGUUGAGGAAGGAAUCCUUGUUGGUUUGAGGCGCUUCCGAUUUUUGGUCUUCAAAGAUGAGCGAAAAGGACGGAAGAAAAACCAAAUAGAGAACGAAAAGGCCUAUUCUUGUGCUGUUAAGUGCCUCUUUGUUCGAAUUGAUUCUGUUGAUCCUGUUGAAGAUAAUAAUUAUAUAUUGUCCGGGAAAAGUGUCGGUGAAGUGAGGCGCCUUUUUAUGCAUGUGCACACUGUCUUGACCAUGGAGAAAUAUAUGGCCAGAUUUUCCCUGAUCCUGUCAAAGACAAUAAAGCUUCAAGUUGACUUUGGUGCUAUUACAGUUGAAACGAUUCAAGAUAUACCUUUCAGAGAUGAUUCUGGUUCUCUUAUCUGCGAUGAAGAUGGGAAGCCUCUUUUACAUACGGAUGGAACAGGAUACAUUUCAGAGGACUUGGCAAUGAAGUGUCCAAAAGAGUUUUCUGCAGCGAAGUAUAUUACAGACAAUAGUUUUGAGACAUACCACGAGUUUGUCGACAUUGACGAUGCUUCCUGUCAGACAAGGCUAGCAAAAUCAAGAAAUAAGGAAGCGCCUUUAUUGAUGCAAUGCCGUUUGUUUUACAAUGGUUGUGCUGUUAAGGGAACUCUGCUUGUCAAUAAAAAGCUUAAACUAGGAGAAAUUCAGAUUCGACCCUCUAUGAUUAAAGUUGAGAGAGACUGUACAGCGCCAGUGCAAGGGAAUUUUAACUCGCUGGAGAUUGUUGCUAUUAGUCAUAAACCUGGCCGAACUUUCCUAUCAAAAACUUUGAUUUCUCUCUUGAACUAUGGUGGAGUUCCUCAACAAGUCUUCCUAGAAUUGCUGACAAAUGCUCUGGAAGACACUCAAAAAGUCUACUCCAAUAGGCAUGCAGCUCUAAGAGUUGCCUCCAAUCAUGACGGGUUAGACUUCGGUUAUCUUGCACAAUUAAUGAUUUCAUGUGGGAUACCUCUCAAUGAACCAUAUCUCAAUCAUUGUCUCUGCAAUCUGAAAAAAGAUGAAAGAGCUAAACUUAGAAAAGGGAAGGUUCCGGUUGGUGAGAGCUUUUACUUGAUGGGGACAGCUGACCCAACUGGUGUAUUAGAGUAUGAUCAAGUCUGUGUUGUCCUAGACAAUGGUCAAAUUUCGGGGAAGGUAUUGGUGUACCGGAAUCCUGGAUUGCACUUCGGGGAUAUUCAUGUUAUGGAGGCCAUAUAUGUUCAGCAAUUGGAAGAUUAUAUUGGAGAUUCCAAAUAUGGCAUAUUUUUCUCUACAAAGGGAGGUAGGUCUGCGCCUUAUGAAAUGGCAACCGGAGAUUUUGAUGGAGACAUGUAUUGGGUUUCAAGACAUCAUGAGUUGUUGAAGAAUUUUAAAGCAAGUGAACCGUGGGCUCGUGUCUACUCAACAAAAGAAUCAAAUAGCAAAAAUCCAAAAGAGCUUUCAUCUGAGGAGUUGGAACGUGAACUAUUUCGACUGUUUCUUCAAGCUAGGAAGCCAAGCUUUGAAAUGUCGACAGCUGCUGAUAGCUGGCUUGCAUUUAUGGAUCGACUAUUGACAUUAGGGGAUGAUCGCACCUUUGAAAAGGACUGUCUAAGGGAAAAGAUGAUUCACCUGAUUGACAUCUACUAUGAUGCAUUAGAUGCACCUAAAAGUGGGAAAAGGGUCAACUUACCGAAGGAGCUGAGACCAGAGAUGUAUCCUCAUCACAUGGAAAGGGGGCCUGAAUAUAGCUACCAUUCAAUGUCUAUCUUGGGUCGAAUUUAUGAUAUGAUUGAGGAAUUCAAAGAUGAGGUGGUGCCUAAGAAAGAAAUAUGGAAAUUACCAUGUUUUGAUAUUCCGAUACCUGAAACAUACAUUCAGAAGUGGAGAAUUAACUACGAAAACUACCGCAGAGAAAUGGCCAAAGCCUUGAACUCUAACUACGAAUCAAAGAAAGAUGCAGCGAAUGACGUGAUCAAGAAAAACAAGGAGUUUUUGUAUGAUGCUCCCGACAUGGAAGAGAGUAGCAAGGAUACGACGGUGAUCUACAAAGAGGCCCUCGCUAUAUAUCACGUAACAUAUGACUACGCAAAAAGUAUGGAUGAUAUUGGGAAAUGCAGUUUUGCAUGGAAGGUAGGAGGGUCUGCCCUCUGCAACCUGUAUGCCUGGAAAACAGCUGGUCCUAAGGAGAAGCCGCUGACAAUUUUGCCUUCUGUUAUCCGUGAGGUGUUGAACUAGCAGCAGCAUACAUAAGAUCAAUCUGUUUAUAUAGGAACUAGACCUGUGCUUGUGUAGAAAUGGCUUCUUGAUUUAUGAUGUAUGUCGUAGUUGAAUUUGCUUUAUUAAAUAGAAGUUAUAUUAAGGAUGAGGAGGUUAAUCUAAAUUAUAUGUAAACAUACAGAAAUAUCUUUAUUUCUCUUUACUGUAAUUCUAUCUCAUAAGCCUGUAAGAGUAUUUUCAUCAGCGUAUAUUAACUAUAACCGUACAUAGUAAAGUUGGUUCAUUCGGAUUUGUAAUAAUCUCUUAAGUUCA